AUGGCAAGCAAGAGGAAUGCUGCUGUUUGUCCAAGCGGUGCCGGUUGCGCGGUUUUACGCGCCGCAGCAGCAUCAGCUCAUCCUCAGUGCCUGGACUUCCAACCACCUUUCAAACCUCAGUGGCACCUGGAGUUUUGCAAACAGUAUGAGGAAUUUGGUUGCUGCGACCAGAGAACAGACAACAUAAUCGCAGAGAGAUAUUGGGACACCAUUGAACAGUUGGAAACUGCAGGUUAUGAACUCUGUGAGGACUUACUGAAGGAAAUCAUGUGCCAGGAGUGCUCUCCGUAUGCUGCCCACCUCUAUGAUGCUGAAGAUCCUUACACACCUGUCAGAGAGCUCCCUGGUCUUUGCUUUGGCUACUGCUCUGAGUUUCAUGGCAAAUGUCGCCAUGUGCUGAAGUUUUUAACUGAGAAAAAGCUGCUGCUGGACACCUCUGACCGGGACAUGUCCACAUUCUGCAGCAUACUUGACCUGUCUGACCAGGACUACUGCUACCCCAACGUUCUGAGGAGCACUGACCUCAACAGCAACCUCGGACAGGUGGCUGAGGACCCCACAGGAUGUCUCCAGCUGUGUCUGACUGAAGUGGCCAAUAGUCUCAGGAACCCAGUGUUGAUGCUGCACAGUGGUGAUGACACACAUCGGAUGUUCAUUGCUGAGCAGUUGGGCUUUGUUUGGGUCUACCUACAUGAUGGCAUCCGGCUGGAGCAGCCAUUUUUAGAUAUGAGCGGAGAGGUACUGACCACACCUUGGCUGGGGGAUGAAAGAGGUUUUCUUGGCAUGGCUUUCCACCCCAAGUAUCGGUACAAUGGACGUUUCUUCAUCUACUACUCCAUUCACGUCAACAGUAAAGUGGAGAAAAUCAGAAUCAGUGAGAUGAAAGUGUCUGCCUUUGACAUGAACAUGGCUGAUCCUUACUCAGAGAGGGUUAUUUUAGAAAUUGAGGAGCCAGCUGCAAACCACAACGGAGGCCAGCUGCUGUUUGGUCGAGAUGGGUAUUUGUACAUCUUCACUGGAGAUGGUGGAAAAGCUGGGGAUCCAUUUGGGAAGUAUGGCAACGCACAAAACAAGAGUGCUCUGCUGGGAAAAGUUCUCCGCAUUGAUGUGGAUGGGAGGGACUCCCGUGGGAGACAGUACAAGAUUCCCUCUGAUAAUCCAUUCCUUAAUGAUCCAGAUGCCCGGCCAGAGGUGUUUGCGUAUGGGGUCCGAAACAUGUGGCGAUGCUCUGUGGACCGUGGAGACCCAGUGAGCCGCUACGGCAGGGGCCGAAUAUUCUGUGGAGAUGUUGGUCAAAACCGCUAUGAGGAGAUUGACAUUAUCAAGAAGGGAGGAAACUAUGGAUGGAGGGCAAAAGAGGGCUUUGAGUGCUAUGAUAUUAAACUGUGCCACAACUCAUCUUUGAAUGACAUCCUCCCUAUAUUUGCAUAUAGCCAUCAUGUUGGGAAGUCUGUGACAGGGGGAUAUGUGUACAGAGGAUGUGAAUCACCCAAUCUGAACGGCCUGUACAUUUUUGGAGACUUUAUGAGUGGACGCAUUAUGGCGUUAGAAGAAGACAAGACAACAGGAAACUGGAAAGAGAGGAGUGUAUGUAUGGGUGAUGCAACGACUUGCUCUUUUCCUGGACUCAUCAAUCAUCACCACAAGUUCAUCAUCUCUUUUGCAGAAGAUGAAGCAGGGGAGCUGUAUUUUCUGGCCACUUCUUAUCCCAGCGCUAUGUCACCUCAUGGAACAGUGUUUAAAUUCAUGGACCCAUCAAGGAGAGCUCCUCCAGGGAAAUGCAAGCAGAAGCCAGCCCCUGUUAAAGUGAGAGGGAAAAAAAUCCCUUUCGUGCCUCGAGAAUUGACUGUGCUGAACACAAAUGAAAAACCUACACGACCACCACCAAGAAAGUUCAAACUGACCACCAAACCUCCAACGACAAGAAGCCAGGUCAAGCCUACGGUGGCUGCAACAAGCGUGACAACGGUGGCCGCCGCUGCAAAGCUGAAGACAAAACCACAGAGUAAGGAUGCAAAGAAGAAGAAUAAGCCAACACCAUGGAAGAAAAACAAAGUGCUGAACAAGAAAGAUGAUAAGAAAGUUCACAAGGAACAAACAAAGAAAAAAACUGUGAAUAAGAAAUCUGUGACACAGAGGAAGAAGACCGCUAUGAUGAAGUCUGUCAAAGGUAAAUGAAAUAGCCACAGACAGUUCAAACAAUAUAUUAAACACUCCCAAAACCUGAAAUAUAACAAGAUAAACAGAAAAAGAAAACUGGACUUAAGAUAAGAAGGACUAUAAGAUUAAUUUGAGGAUGAAAAGCAAAUUAAGAUCAAUUAAAAAGUCAGA